AUGCUCGACAGCAACGACAGACCAACCUCCACCCACCUACCGGAAGGCCAGCGAGUGUAUUCCAUGGAUUCGGCCGAACGCUCUUCUGCCUCAGACGAGGCCGUCGAGCUUCUGGACCAGGAGGAAAAGGACCUCGAAGGCCAGACUACUCCCGCUAGUCAACACGCGGCUCGACACUCGCCUCAGCAGUCGACGCCAGCAGAGUACUCGACCUCGACGCGCAACAAGUUCACAUUCCUCGGCCUCUACUUCAUCUUCAACCUGAGCGUCACGCUGUCCAAUAAAGGCCUGCUCGCCACCGUGAGUGUGCCGAGAGUGCCGCCAGCGGACAACAUCUUGCUAAUGUUUCCCUCAGAUAUCCUUUCCGUGGCUCUUGACCUUCUGUCACACCUUUGCCACGUCCAUCGGAUGUACAGUGCUGCUGGCUGCCGGUCAGCUGAAGCUAUCGAGACUCUCCGGCAAGGAGAAUCUAGUCUUGAUUGCCUUCUCAUUCCUCUUCACAUUGAACAUAGCCAUCAGCAAUGUCUCCCUGUAAGUGCCGAGGCGGCAAAGGGUCUUGGAUGUGUGCUGAUCCAUCUACACAGCGCUCAGGUCUCGGUUCCCUUCCACCAAGUCAUGCGAUCAACUUGUCCGGUGGUGACGAUUCUCAUCUAUCGACUCGUGUACAGCCGGACAUAUUCCACUCCGACCUAUCUGUCAAUGAUCCCCCUCAUCAUCGGUGUCGGUCUGGCGACAUUUGGCGACUAUUACUUCACCCUCGUGGGAUUCUUACUUACCCUGCUCGGAGUAUGCUUGGCCUCGAUCAAGACAGUCGCCACUAAUCGCCUGAUGACCGGUUCCCUCAAGCUCUCGGCGAUGGAGGUCCUCUUCCGCAUGUCGCCUCUGGCUGCCAUCCAGUGUCUCCUCUACGCCAUCGGAAGCGGUGAAUUGGGCAAGUUGCAAGCCGCAAUCGGCGAGGGCGUCUUCACCCCACAUCUCAUCAUGGCCGUCAUCGGUAAUGCAUCAAUGGCAUUCGCCCUCAAUCUGGUCUCAUUCCAAACCAACAAGGUCGCGGGAGCCUUGACAGUCUCAGUCUGCGGCAAUGUAAAGCAAUGCCUGACCAUAUUGUGAGUUUGCCAAGCGCAGUCCUAGAGUUUCCGAAGCUGACAUGCUCCAUCACAGGCUCGGCAUCCUCCUCUUCCACGUCAGGAUUUCACUUUUGAAUGGCAUCGGCAUGUUCAUUGCCGUGGCAGGUGCAGCAUACUAUAGCAAGGUGGAGCUGGAUCGAAAAAAGGCAGCAGCGACAUAG